GGGCGCUGCAGAGGGGAUUGCAGCAGCUGCAGCUCCGUGUCGAGCCCCGCCGCACCGAGCCCCGCCGCACCGAGCCGCCGGGAGAGCCCGGACCCCCCCCGCCGCAGCAUGCGCGAGUGCAUCUCCGUCCACGUCGGCCAGGCCGGCGUCCAGAUGGGCAACACCUGCUGGGAGCUGUACUGCCUGGAGCAUGGCAUCCAGCCUGAUGGGCAGAUGCCCAGUGACAAAACCAUUGGUGGAGGGGACGACUCCUUCACCACCUUCUUCUGCGAGACUGGGGCUGGGAAGCAUGUCCCACGGGCCAUCUUUGUGGACCUGGAGCCCACUGUGAUCGAUGAGGUUCGAGGAGGAGUUUACCGCCAGCUCUUCCACCCUGAGCAGCUGAUCACUGGCAAGGAGGAUGCUGCCAACAACUAUGCCCGUGGGCACUACACCAUCGGCAAAGAGAUCAUCGACCAAGUGCUGGACAGGAUCCGGAAACUGGCUGACCAGUGCACAGGACUCCAGGGCUUUCUCGUGUUUCACAGUUUUGGAGGUGGCACUGGCUCUGGAUUCACCUCCCUGUUGAUGGAGCGACUCUCUGUUGACUAUGGCAAGAAGUCCAAGCUGGAAUUCUCCAUCUACCCCGCGCCACAGGUCUCUACUGCUGUGGUGGAGCCCUACAACUCCAUUCUCACCACCCAUACCACCCUGGAGCACUCAGACUGUGCAUUUAUGGUGGACAAUGAGGCCAUCUACGACAUCUGCCGCAGGAACCUGGACAUUGAGCGCCCAACCUACACUAACUUGAACAGACUCAUCAGCCAGAUUGUCUCCUCCAUCACAGCAUCGCUGCGGUUUGAUGGGGCCCUGAACGUUGACCUGACUGAGUUCCAGACCAACCUGGUGCCCUACCCUCGCAUCCACUUCCCCCUGGCCACCUAUGCUCCUGUCAUCUCUGCAGAGAAGGCCUAUCAUGAGCAGCUGUCAGUGGCUGAGAUCACCAACUCCUGUUUUGAGCCUGCCAACCAGAUGGUGAAGUGUGACCCCCGCCAUGGCAAGUACAUGGCCUGCUGCCUGCUGUACCGCGGGGAUGUGGUGCCCAAGGAUGUCAACGCUGCCAUCGCCACCAUCAAGACCAAGCGCAGCAUCCAGUUUGUGGACUGGUGCCCCACAGGUUUCAAGGUGGGCAUCAACUACCAGCCACCCACGGUGGUACCGGGAGGGGACCUGGCCAAGGUGCAGCGUGCUGUCUGCAUGCUGAGCAACACCACGGCCAUUGCUGAGGCCUGGGCCCGCCUGGACCACAAGUUUGACCUGAUGUACGCCAAGAGAGCCUUUGUGCACUGGUACGUGGGCGAGGGCAUGGAGGAAGGGGAGUUCUCCGAGGCACGGGAAGACAUGGCCGCUCUGGAGAAGGAUUACGAGGAGGUGGGCCUGGACUCCUACGAGGAUGAAGAGGAGGGCGAGGAGUAGAGAAGCCCUUGCCAAAAAGGACUGUGCUCCUUUCCCGCGUUACGUGCAGGAACCCUUUGCAAUAAAUAAUUUCAGAGCCUCCAUGUCUCCCAGUAACCCCCAGCUGUGUUGGUUUCUUGCCAAGUCAGGUGUGUGGUGAGUGUUUCAGCUCUGCUGCUGGUGCUGCUAUGCUUCCUCUCAUCGCUCUGCUGUAGCUCCAGCUUGCUCCCCAUGUAGGUAAGAACCCCCAUGUCUACUCCCUGGGGCCGUGGCACAUAACCCACCCUUCUCUCUGCUUGAGCUGGGGGUGGGUAUUGAUUCCUCAGGUGGUGGAUGACCCCGUGGUAUAUGGCCCUGUAUUGUAUACUGGAGACCAGGGGAGCAGAUUUAGCCCAAGCAGGAAAACAUCUCCAGCUGCUGGGACUUCUCCCAGCCCAAGGGUGAGUGGGCUUGUCUGGAAGGAGUUGGAAGGAGGUUGAAGCAUUGGGAGGAGCCUGGCACCCUUGUCCCUGUGGUCACAGCAUGGGACAAGCGGCACGCCUGGCUCUGUGGUGCAGUGGGUGCCACCCCACAAGGGCAUCCAGUGCAGCAUGAACCCCUGCGGCUGCUUUACUGCUGUGUUGUGGUGAGAGGAUUAAAGGAGGGGAAUGCUCCCCAUGAAA